CACGUGUGGAUGAUUGUGAUGUGGUUCAUGAAGUUUGUAGAGGGCGCGAGAUGUUUGGGUAUUAUGAUGAAUUUUAGGAACGUUAGGUUUGUCCCACUGACACAACAAACGCGGCUCUCCCCGAUCCCCGAUACCCUGAUACCUCGAUACCCCGAUACCUCGAUACCCCGAUACCACGAUACCCCGAUACCACGAUCCGCGAUUCUCCGAUCCGCCAUAUACGGAUGUGUGUGUUUGUCUCUGCGUCGCGCCACCACUCGGCUGCGAAAGGUCCGAUUCCGAGGUACGAAAGUGGUGUGCGUAUGUGUGUUUGCGGUUUUCGUUAGCUUGAUGCACUUUAGAAUUAGAGGGGAGGUGGUUUUCUAAGAAGAAGUAUUUCGUAAUAAGUUUUUUGCGAGUAUGCUGCUGAAAAAUGGCCCGGAAUUGCUGAAGGCAUCGGAUGACGAGGCCAUCCGCAGCUCCUCGACGCCGCAUCGAAUCAAAAUACCGAGCGUCGAGGAGGAUCUCCAGAACGGGUGCAAGCGUAGGGCCGUUCCGGACAAGAGGAAGGCCACUGGGGCGGCUCUCAGUACCGUGCAGCAGCCGGACAAGUUCGUUAAAAUACCAGGUUCUAGGGGGAGGAAGCCUUUGCCCCGGCCCGUUCACCAGAACGUCAUUACCGAUAAUCACAAGCUUACCGAGUAUUUCCCAGUACGUCGCAGUGUGAGGAAAUGCAAAAAGGCCGUGCUCGAGGAGAAGCAGCGAGACCUUGAAAACAAGCUUUUGUGUGGGGUCGAGGAUGGACUGCAGGUGAGGCACUUUAUUGGUAAGGGAAGGGGAGUCGUGACGACUAGGGACUUCAUCAAAGGAGAAUUCGUUGUUGAAUAUAUUGGGGAGCUCGUUGAUCAAACGACGGCGAAGAAGAGAGAGGCAAAGUAUGCUAAAGACCAAAAUGCAGGCUGUUACAUGUAUUAUUUUCAACAUCGAAAUCAACAAUAUUGCGUGGAUGCCACUGCAGAAUCUGACAAACUUGGUAGGCUAGUUAAUCAUUCUCGAAAUGGGAAUUUGUUAACAAGAAUAGUGGAAGUUGGGUCUACGCCGCAUCUUGUAUUAAUAGCAAAGGAAGAUAUACCCGCAGGCAUGGAAGUAUCUUACGACUAUGGUGAUAGAAGUAGAGAAUCUAUUCGUAACCAUCCAUGGCUAGCAUUGUAGUUUAAAAUUAUGACUGAUAGAUUUUAAAAUUGUAUUAUAGCUUUGAUUUACAUAUUCAGUGAUUCUUGUGUUGUUUUUCAAUCAUUUAAUACAUUAUUAGUUUUAUAUUCUGGGCCAAUCGAUGCUCAUAUCUUUAUACUUUAAUUGCCAAAAUUACGGUAUUUUAAAAUAUGCAUCAUGUUUUUCGCUUGUGUAAUAUUUAGUGUAAAUGAAAUUGUUAAUGAUAUAGCGCGUGACUGAAUAUUUUGAACUGUUGAAAGUUGCUUGAUUGAUGAUAAUGCUGGCUAUCUAGAGAUUUUUUUUUUUUUU